GAAAAGUGGAGAGUACCAGAAAGAACACCAUUGCUGAUAUAUCAACAGGUGGCUCUGAAGUCAACCAACAACAACUGCCAUGAAUUCACCUCUACUUUCUCUCUCUACCACCACCACCACUCUCUCUCCGCCUCCGCCUCUGCACCGCCCUCACCACCGGCGAAUUCACUUCCACUCAUUCAACGUCAAAGCUUCCUGUUCUUCUUCUUCUUCUCCGACGACGUCGUUCUCGAAUCAUCGAGUUGUUGUUACAAGAGAGCGUGGUAAAAAUGGCAAGCUCGUCAAAGCUCUCGCAGCACAUGGGAUCAACUGUUUGGAGCUUCCCCUUAUUCAGCAUACACAUCUACCUGAUCUUGAAAGACUUUCUGCUCUAUUGAGUGCCACUGCUUUUGAUUGGAUCAUCAUAACUUCACCUGAAGCGGCUUUGGUAUUUCUUGAUGCCUGGAAAGCAGCUGGGUCCCCAAGUGUGAAGGUAGCUGUGGUUGGAGCUGGUACAGCAAGCAUAUUCGAUGAAGCUGCAGUUUCAUGUAAGAAGUUCAUCGAUAUUGCUUUUGUUCCAUCAAAAGCAACUGGCAAAGUUCUUGCUUCUGAGCUGCCAAAGCAUGGUAAUGAAAGAUGUACUGUUUUAUAUCCUGCUUCUGCGAAAGCUAGUCAUGAUAUAGAGGAAGGCCUUUCUAAGCGGGGAUUUCAGGUCCUACGAUUGAACACUUAUACAACGGAAACUGUUCAACACGUGGACCAUAUGAUUUUCGAGCAAGCACUCUCGGCUUCUGUCAUUGCAGUUGCAUCGCCUUCUGCAAUAAGAGCAUGGGUGAAUCUUGUAUCGGGGUCAGACCGGUGGUGUGGUUCGGUGGCAUGCAUUGGUGAGACAACUGCUUCAGCAGCGAUAAGAAUGGGUUUGAGAAAUGUAUACUAUCCAUCUAGCCCCAGUCUCCAAGGAUGGGUUGACAGCAUUAUAGAUGCUUUAGGCGUCCAUAAGCAAGUCCAAAAAGUGUAAAAGCCUUCUCCUUCCCUUUUUUCAGAUUUAUGCGGGUUGGUGCACAAAAAUAAAAUGUCCAGGAACAGGAAACUCGUGUAGAAAUCUGCAAUUCUCGACGAGAUGGAAGCUACAGAAGAAGACAGAUUUCGGUUGCUGUUUACGAGGUCCCGAGACCGUAAAGGAUGUCAAAGAAGACAUGCUUCCUCAUUUUGUAUAUUCGUUUACUGGUGUAGAAUAGCAUUGUUCCAAAACUUAUUAGAAUCGUAGCUGCAAAUGCUGAUUAAGAAACUGGUUAAAUCCAAUGGAAGAAAAGGCUAAAAGGACGUUGGCAUGA